AUGACUGCCAAGCCGCAAGCCAGGGUCCCUCCGCUUGUGGCGGGACCCGUCCCGUUGAGGGACAUCAGGGAUUGGGCGCGAUCCCGCCUUGUGGACAUUGUGGAUUCAAUGGUUGGCGCGAAGGCGAUCAUCUUCGACCCUGAGAUUGCUGGGACGUUGGGGCUCAUAAUCCCCGGUGCUGUGUUGGCGGAGCACGGCGUCGAGCAGAUGUUCAUAUUGGGAGAGAACAUCGACGAGCCCAAAGCAAGGAACAUUAUGUACUUGGCCAGAGCAAACAUCCUGAACGCGCAGAGGAUUGCUACUCAAAUUAAGGCGUACACACGGCUGCGUCAUCCACACGAGUAUUUUGUGUCUUUCAUACCAAGGUGCACGUGUUUGUGUGAGAAGAUCAUUGAGGAAGAGGGUGUGAAAGGAGAUGCAACACUCAUCGAGUAUCCACUUGAGUUUGUUCCCUUUGAUGAUGAUGUGAUCUCCUUAGAGUUGGAGCAUUCUUUUCGAGAGACCUCUGUGGAAGGUGACACAACGUCCUUGUAUAUCAUGGCCCGGGCCCUUGCCCACCUUCAGUCAUCUUUUGGACCCAUUCCAAGGGUCACAGGCAAAGGAGCUGCUGCAGAAGCUGUCAAGAACAUAUUCAUGAAAGCAAGGAUUGAAAUGGGGCUCAAGGAUACAGAAGAGGGCAAGAUUAAGAGGCUCAUUCUCAUCGACCGUGCCGUUGAUUUGAUCACACCACUGGUGACACAAGUUACUUAUGAAGGCAUCGUGGACGAGAUGCUGGGCAUUAAGAACAAUGUUGUGACAGUCGAGGUUGCGACACGAGCAGGUCCAUCAGAACCCAAGAAGUAUGUGCUGAACAGUGCAGACUCCCUUCAUGCUGAAAUGCGUGAUGUGCCCUGGCCGCAUGCAGCUCCGCGUAUUCGAGAAUGGGCUCAAAAAAUGAAAUCAGACUGGCGAGAACUCAAUGAGGAUGCGUCCAGCAAGACUGUCUCAGAGAUACGAGAUUUCACCAACCGUCUCAUGCAGCUCAAUUUGGCAGAGAUGCACUCAAACAUAUCUGAUCCUGUUAUGAAGGUGGUUCCAACUAGCAAGUUCCAGAGCAGGUUGCAAAUUGAACGACAGGUAAUCGAGUAUGGAAGUUUGGAAGAAGGGUGUCGACAUGUCGAGGAUCUGCUUUUUCGGGGAGGUGACAUGAUGCAAAUUUUGCGCCUGAUGUGCCUCUUGUCUGUGACAAACAAUGGCCUUCCCAAGAAAUCUUGCGACAACCUGAGGCGUGCAUUCCUUCUGACGUUCGGCUAUGAAAACCUGGUGCUCCUCAAUCACCUGGAGUCUGCAGGGAUGCUGACCCUUAGGGCAGAAAACCGCAAUCCUUUUCCUUCAAUCAGGAAAGCAUUCAGCUUGGCGAUAGACAUUGAUGCGGAGACAGGAGGCGACACAGGUGCAAGUGCAGUGGCCAAGGACAUCGGGUACAUAUACUGGGGCUAUGCACCGCUGAGCGUUCGUAUCGUUGAGCUGGCCCUGAAGCAGCCCCGCCCAAAGCCCGCAAGCAAGGAAACGGAUUCUAGUCAGUCAACCCCUUCAGCUCCCUGGCGUGGAAGGGGGGCUGAUGGCCUGAGCCUGCUGCCAGGUCCACAUUUUGACGUUGCAUUGGGAGAGCACAGUCAGCAUGGUGGUGAAAGGAGCAAGGGUCCAAUUGGGAGGGAAGGGCCGGAAGUGGUCAUGGUCGCAUUCCUUGGGGGUGUGACUUUCUCGGAGAUCUCAGCCCUGAGAUUUCUGAGCAGACUGCCCAACUCCAACGUGAAGUUCCUGAUUGCAACGACGAGGAUAUUAAAUGGGAACAGCCUGCUUCAAACGUUUCAGGAGCAGAAAGUGGACGACUUGAUGAAACGGGCAAGGGGAAUGUUGUAA